CAAUUUCUAAAACUAUUAAUACUUAUAGCAAAACCACUCACUGAGUUUGCAAAACUAAAAGCACAAACACUGCUUUGCACUCAGUUUGCCAUUUUGUAACACACACUUUGCAAAACUGUAGGCACAAUUCACUGCACAGCACUCAAUUACCAAAUUUCCAACACACUCCUAGCAAAAUUAUACACAUGUAUGGCUAUCAUUAACACUAUUUUGCCAACUGUCUGGCACACUUUCACAUGUGAAAACUGUUUUAGAUAAUUAGUCCACUUUGCAAUCAGCCUAAGCACUAUAAACAGGCCACAGGGAAGCUGUCUAUGUGGAGUACAAUGGAAGGAGCAGCAAGAGUGAGAAGAGUGAGAAUCAGAGGAGGCCGAGGGAGAGGACGUGGAGGUGAAGAAGUUGGAGGAAGAGGACGUGGAGGAGCAAGAAGAGGACGAGGAGGGGAAAGAGGAAGGGUAAGAAGAGUAAGGAACAGAAUAACUGAUGACAUCAGAGCUACAAUAGUGGACCAUGUCAUCAACCAUGGGAUGACCCUGAGGGAAGCUGGCCAACGGGUUCAGCCUAAACUGAGCCGCUACACUGUGGCAGGCAUCAUUAGGACAUUUCGAAAUGAGAAUCGAAUUGCUAGACAUCCAGAUGUUGGGGGCAGAGGCAGAAUGUUCACUGCAGAGCAAGAGACCCAUAUAGUGAACAUGGUGAUUGCCAAUAAUGCAAUAAGACUGCGUGAAAUACAGCAGCGCAUAAUUGAUAAUGACACCAUCUUUCAAAAUAUACACAGUGCAAGCAUUUCUGCACUAAGUCGUGUACUUGCGCGCCACAGAAUAAGAAUGAAGCAAAUUUACAGAGUUCCUUUCGAGAGAAACACAGAACGUGUAAAGCAACUGCGAUAUGACUAUGUGCAGAGAGUGAUGGAACUAGAAGCAGAUGCAAUGGGACAUGAGCUACUUUUUGUGGAUGGGGCCAGUUUUAACCUCAGUAAAACCAGGAGACGUGGCAGGAACAUUAUUGGACACCGUGCCAUCAUCAAUGUCCCAGGACAACGUGGUGGUAACAUAACCAUGUGUGCAGCUAUAAGCCAAAAUGGUGUUGUUCACCAUCAUGCAACCAUACGCCCAUACAACACUGCACACAUAUAUGACAUGCUCACUGUUCAGAGACCAGAGCAGACCUGAUAUGUCAUCAUAUGGGACAAUGUUAGUUUCCAUAGGGCUGCUUUGGUCUGCAACUGGUUUACAGACCACCCAUCCUUCAUGGCACUCAACCUCCCUCCAUACUCUCCAUUCUUAAAUCCCAUCGAGGAGUUCUUCUCUGCCUGGUGCUGGAAAGUGUACGACCGUCAUCCUCAUCAACAGGUAGCCCUUUUACAGGCAAUGGAGGAGGCAUGUGGAGAUAUUGACCAGGCAUCAUGUCAGGCCUGGAUACGGCAUUCAAGGAGAUAUUUUCCCCGGUGCCUUGGACUGGAGGAUAUUGCAUGCGAUGUGGACGAAAUUUUGUGGCCGGACCCAGAAAGACGACAUGAUGUAGGCUGAUUGUCUUUUUUUUCCCCUUUUUUUUGUGGAAUUCCUAUUUUGUGUUCUGACUUUGUCUUGGUUUUGAUGAGUGUGAAUAAACACCAAUACUUGAAGUUUGGAUCCUUGUAUGUUUACAUGACACUAUGACAAAAGUGUGACCUCAAACUGACAUCUGUACACAGAGAAAGCAAAAGCCAGAUGUGUUUUGUAUUCAUACCAUCAGUGUGCAGUUGGCGCAUUGUGUGCUUAGUAGAU